CAAAUAGCAAACACCUGUAUACCAAUUUACCUUACUUUUCACUCAAGCUUCUCAAAAACCACUUGAACCCAAUGGCUUCUUUCCAAAACUUCAACUUCGAAGCCCAAAUUCCAUCAGAGCUCCUGAUAUCUCAGAUCAUGCAACUUCACGCAGCAAUCUCCAAGCUUGAAUCUCUCAAGCCUUCUAAGCAAGUCAACACCCUCUUCACUCACCUAGUGAAACUCUGCACCCUCCCUUCAUCCAUUGACAUUGAAGCCUUGCCCCAUCAAGUACAAAUCAUGCGUGAGAGCCUCAUUGGCCUCUGUGGCCGCGCCGAAGGGCUUCUAGAACUUGAAUUCUCAACAUUCAUUAACAACACACCAAACCCUUUGAACAAUUUAACCCUCUUCCCUUACUAUGGGAACUAUGUCAAACUAGCAAACUUGGAGAACAAAAUCCUCAAAGAUAAUGGGGUUAUGCAUGCAAAGAAGGUAGCAUUUAUUGGGUCUGGUCCAAUGCCACUCACUUCAAUCAUCAUGGCAACUCAUCACAUGGAAUCAACUCACUUUGAUAACUUUGACAUUGAUGAGAAGGCGAACGAGGCGGCUCGCAAGAUCGUUGCUUCGGACGGGGUGCUUGAGAAGAGGAUGAAGUUUGAGACACGAGACAUCAUGGACUUGAGGGAGAGAUUGGGGGAAUAUGAUUGCAUCUUUUUGGCUGCACUUGUGGGUAUGAGCAGGGUAGAGAAAGUGAAGAUCAUGGGACACAUUAGAAAGUAUAUGAAGGAGGGAGGUGUUUUGCUUGUGAGAAGUGCAAAAGGGGCUAGAGCUUUCUUGUACCCGGUUAUUAAGGAGCAUGAUAUGGUGGAUUUUGAGGUGCUUACCAUCUUUCAUCCCACAAACGAUGUGAUCAACUCAGUUGUCCUUCUUCGCAAGCCUGAAGCUUAGUGUGGUAUUUCUACUUGAAGUUCCCUCCUAUCCACUGCGAAUUCAGCUUUAGUAUAGUUUUCCACCGUGUAUCCAAAUAUGGAUUUAGUAUUGUUGUGUGUCAUGUAAUGCUUUCUUUUUAUGUCAUCCUUUAUAUGAUGACUUAAAUAAUUGUACCAGUAACAAUAUCAAAGAUGGUAAAAAUAAAUGCAGUGUUUCCAAAA